AUGAUGGAGAGAUGCAGCCAGCCAGCAGUAGCUGCCUCCCGACUAAUCACACAGCAUUAACAUAAACCAGCUAACUCCACGGGCUAACUUGGACAGCCAUCUGCCUCCCAUUUGCUUAUUCGCUCCGAAUUGAGAAAAGCCGCGACGGGCAGACAGGGAAUCGACGAACGGAGCUAAACGAAGAACAACGUCACCGUCGCGCACGGUUACCUUAGUCCUUUCUUGCAUCCAGCUGGCAGCGUCAUUUGACAAAGCAGGGAAGCCCACGGUUGGAAACUCUACCUUGGCUAGCAGCGGGCUAGCCAGCUUGCUAGCUGCUAACGUUGCUAACUGUAGUUAGCUAGCUAGCUAGCGAGCUGUGAUAAGUUGCGUCAUGGAGGAGCUUGUGGUGGAAGUGAGAGGGACAAGUGGAGCCUUUUAUAAGGCUUUUGUGAAGGACGUCCACGAGGGAUCAGUCACUGUGGCAUUUGAAAACAAUUGGCAGCCGGAGCGUCAGAUCCCAUUCCAGGACGUUCGCUUCCCUCCUCCGACAGGCUUCAGCAAAGAGAUAAACGAGAGCGACGAAGUUGAGGUGUACUCCAGAGCGAAUGACAAGGAGCCGUGUGGAUGGUGGCUGGCCAAGGUUCGCAUGGUCAAAGGAGAGUUUUACGUGAUCGAGUACGCGGCGUGCGACGCCACGCUGAACGAGAUCGUGACGCUGGAGCGGUUACGGCCGGUCAACCCGAACAAGCCAGCCACCAAAAACACCUUCAUCAAGAUCAGGCUGGAAGUUCCUGAAGACCUGCGACAGAUGUGCUCCAAGGAGUCGGCGCACAAAGACUUCAAGAAGGCCGUCGGCGCGUUCAGCAUCACCUACGACUCUGAGAAAAAGCAGCUGGUCAUCUUGUCGGUGAAUGAGGUCACGACAAAGCGGGCCAACAUGAUGAGCGACAUGCACUUCAGGAGCCUCCGCACCAAACUGUCGCUCAUGAUGCGGAACGAGGAGGCCAGCAGGCAGCUGGAGAGUUCCAGACAGCUGGCGUCUCGGUUUCAUGAGCAGUUUGCAGUUCGGGACGACCUGAUGGGUCUGGCCAUUGGGACUCACGGGGCCAACAUUCAGCAGGCGCGAAAAGUCCCCGGAGUCACCAACAUCGACCUGGACGAAGAGACGUGCACCUUCCACAUAUAUGGGGAGGACCAGGAUGCCGUCCGAAUAGCUAGGAGCUACCUGGAGUUUUCCGAAGAUAUCAUCAAAGUUCCCCGAAACUUAGUCGGAAAAGUGAUCGGAAAGAACGGCAAGCUGAUCCAGGAAGUGGUGGAUAAAUCCGGCGUGGUGAGGGUUCGAAUCGAGCCGGAGAACGACAAGAAGCCUUCGGCGGCGGCCGCGGCAGCAGCAGAUGAGGUCAGUAAUGUCGAGAUGAAAACGCCUCAGUUUCUGGAUUUUCAUCACAUCUCUUCAAACCGUGUUGAUGUUCUUCUUCAGGGAAUGGUGCCAUUUGUGUUUGUGGGGACCAAGGAAAGCAUUUCCAAUGCCACAGUGCUCCUGGACUACCACCUUAAUUACCUUAAGGAGGUGGACCAGCUGCGCUUGGAGCGCCUUCAGAUUGACGAGCAGCUGCGACAGAUAGGGGGCGGGGGCGGAGGGGGAGGGACAGGCCCCCGAAACCCCAAAGACAAAUCCUAUGUGUUUGAUAACGGGAUGGGGAUGGGCAGAGGAGCGGGAGGUGGGAAGCCCUACGUGGGAGGAAGAGGCGGACGGGGCCGGAGAGGAGGCGGGGCGGCGUUCACCUCAGGCACCAACUCGGAGGCGUCCAACGCUUCGGAAACGGAGUCAGACCACCGAGAGGAGCUGAGCGACUGGUCCCUGGCUCCCACAGAGGAGUUGAUGACGGGAGGCGGGUCCCUGCCCCGGCGGACAGACAGCAGGAAACGAGCCGGAGGGGGGGUGCUGAGAGGCCGUGGGGGCAGAGGGAGAGGAGGGGGAGGGUAUAAAGGUGAUGACAUGCAGUGGGGCGAGCCAAGACCUCGUCAUGUCAGGGACCCAAAGCCUCGAGGCCAGGAAGACACACUGCAGAUCCGUGUGGACGGAAACAACGAGCGCAGCGUGCAGCACUCAUCAGGCGGCCGAGGGGGGGGAGGAGGAGGAGGAGGAGGAGGACCUUCUUCAUCCCAGAGUGGCAUCGCUGUCGGCGGGGACGGCCAGUCCCGCCAUCACCAUCAGAGACCCCUGAGAGACCGGGGGAUAAAGAAGGACAAACAGGACGCUCCGGCGCUGGUGAACGGAGUGUCGUAGACGCAACCACGGAGGACCUUCUCUCUCUCUCUCUCACACACACACACACACACACACACACACACACACACACACACACACACACACACACACACACACACACACAGGCAACUUCUCAUACACCAUCUUAUAGUCUCUGGCGUAUUUUAUUUUUUAUUUUUUGGUCUUUUUCUCGUCUUUGUCGCACACAAGAGGACACGCAUUUCCAUCGGCAUGGAAGCGUUUAGCGAAGUCUUGAUCCGUUCCCGCCUGUUGUCGUCUCCUGUUCUUCUCUGGACUGUCUCGGGAAGAAGAAGGUUUUUGAUGAAAGCUCCUCUGUGAUAGAAGGGUUAGCUGAGGGGGGAAAAAAACUGCUCCCAUUUCACUCCGUCAACACCACAACUGUGUAUUUUUUGGGGAACUUUUUUUUUUCUCCCUCAGUCCCUUUCGGGCUCACUCGCACGAGAAAACGGGAACGACGGCGGCAGAAAUCUGUGGAAACAAUUUCAUCCAUUUGGCAAAAGUUUAAGCGUUUUUAACUCUUAGAGAUGAUCGCAGACUUUGCUGUGUCCAAACAUUUACCCCCACUGGUACAGAAACACGUUUUGCUUCUCUAAAACUCCCAAAAUCCAAUAUUUUCAAAGUCACCCAAAACCAGCUUUCUGCAACAUCCCUGUUCAAAAAAAAAGAAAAAAGAAAAAGUAGCAAAUCUGAGAUUUCUUAUUUUUAUUUGUCCAUGUGGGAAGACAUUUAGUUGUGGGAAAAAUGUUUGCAGAUGGCACUUUACUUUUAUUUUCUACCUUUUUUUUCCCCGCACUGAAAAACAACAGGUAGGCACUCCUGAAAGCGACGCUCUACAUCACGCUGUUAUUCAAAAAGGCCUUCGUUUGCUUUGAUGCCUAAACAUUGUAAGCUGUUGGACCCCGUUUCUUCUGAAGCAUACAGACUUAAAUCUGAGGCCCGCUGGUGUGAAAUAUCUGUUCUAUUUUGGGGUUUUUUGUUUGUUUUUUUUAAAGAAAAAAGCAAAUUAAAACUCAGCAGCAACUUCCAAAAGUCUAGGUUUGUACUACGUCGAUGUCAACUGUCAUUUUGUAAAAAAAAAAAAUAAUAAUAAACGCUCCACCUCUCUUGUGAGCAGAUUGCUGAUACGAUGAAAGGUAAAGGUAAAAAACAAACAAAAAAAAAAAACACUGACUCAUGGCUCCAGCCUGUAAAAUAGAAGAUUGAUGCUCGUAUAUGGAUUCAUGGCCUGCACUGGUUUUAGAUGAUACUGCACUGAUUCACAGGGUGGUACUAAAGAGCUGUCAGGUGAAAACCCCUAACAUGCAUUUUACUUUGGCUUCUGUCUCUACUGACAUUAAAAGAGUCCGUCUAAGUGGAGGGCAGAUGAAAUGGCUCAAACAGGACAAUUAUCUUGUUUAAUUUAUUAAUUUGUCGAAUCUUCAUUUAUAAAACAUAUUCGUGUUAACUAUAGAUGAAAUAUAAGUUGUUCUUGGUUGGGGUUUUGCUUGUCCAACAUAUUUGUGAUCUAUCCCUUUCCUGUUUACCUUUUUUCUUCGAAAUCACAUUUUGGCUGCAUCUUGUGAACGACGACAAAAACGAGACAUUUUCCUACAGCUACGAGAGUCAGUGAAGCGGUCAUCAUGUGCCUGUGAUUAUUUUUUUUCAUAAACUGAGAGCUUCUCGUUUUUCAGUCGCCAUGAGGCUCCUUUAUGUUUGUGCCUUGGGUUUAUGUUCCUCCCUGUCUGUAAAUUUAGCAAAUUUCAAAGGAAACAGUCAUCAGCGUAACGACGAAUAAUGGAGAUUCUGUGACUUCAUGGGAGAAAUGGCUUUUUUGAAAGUGAAAGUCCGAGUUUUUUUUUUUUUUUUGUACUAUUUACAUAAUGAAGGUCAAAACAGUAUGAUGGGUGUGAACUGUAAUCAUGACGCAUUUUAACGUUGUAUUCAUCAAUUUCUGUGGAUCUUCUUGCAUGGAAGACAGCAGUUUGGUUUAGCUGGAGGAGAAAGCCUUAAAAGUUGAUUUACUGUUGGUUUUUUCUGUCAAAGUCCUCAAUUCAAACCGACUGCAAUAAUGGACACGGGCUAAUCUAGAGAGAUAUUCUGAUUUAGGAGACAAAAUAACUAAGCUCAGUUUUAUCAAUUAAUCCGUAGACUUUCUUAUUUAACACUCAAGUCGUCUUUUUCAUUAUUCUCACUAGCUGCGUUUCCAUUAAAAAUGUGCGCAGAACUUUGUGGAAAGAAAAAAGAAAUCAGAUUUGAAAUUGUGAAUAAGCUUGUUCGUCCAAUAAGUCAUUAAACAUACCAUGCUGUCGUCCUUAAAUACUUCCUGUCGUUUUCUUCUUCUUGGUUUCUGCCAGUGGUAACAUCUGGUUGUUGGUCACAUGACUCGUGUGAUGCAAAAAAAAAGAAGCAUUUCCAUUGCAGUUUUGCGACAGAACUGUUUUGAUAAAAUAAAAUUUUAAAAUCUUUUUACCGAAAAACAAGUUUUUUCAAAAUUGUAAGUGAAUUUAUUUUUGAAAAGUGGCAUUUUAGAGUCAAUGGAGACGCAGCUAUUGAAGAAUAUGUUGGAAUUCGUCAAGAUUCACAUACUUCCAUGUUGGGAUGGUUUUAAAAAUAGUCAAAUUUAGGUAAAGCUAAUAGUGAAGCGAAGACGGUAUUGGCGGACGUGACAAAACCUUCAUUUUAGCAGUGCUGCACAUCUGAAGUUUCUUGUGGCCUGCUUCACAAAUCCUACUAAACCUUUGACACGAUUCUUGAAAAGAAGCAAACCUUUCUAAAUGAAAGUCUGAAUAACUUUUAUCUCAGAGCUCUGACAGCUCAGUGCAUAGGGGAGACCUUCAUUUUAAUUUCGUGACACGUGCCUUCCAUUACGGCUAGCAUCACAACCUAGAUGUAUAAAUCAGGGAUGGAGGAUGAUUCAGUGUGUCAAGAUGAUAAAAAAGACUCGGUUAUCUUGAGCUCUCAAAGCUUUGUCUGAAGUCUGACUGCAAAGAAGUGAAGGUUCAUGAGUCUGGUGGUUUCAGCGCUUACGGACGGUGGAUGCUGUCAGCGCCGGACCUCUAGGUGUUGCAUCUAUAGCGUCAGACUGAAGCCUGACGGCUCAUCUGUGAAAUUCUGUGCAGGCCUCUAGUGGCCACUCGGCCCUCACACAUGCACCCUUUUUCAAGUUUCAUUUCUGUGUGUGAAGCGGUAAGUGAACCCGCUCCUCAUGCCGCUUUGACACUUGAUAAAUGAACUGAAGAGGUGGCUGUGUUGAGGCCAGGUUCCUCCUUUUUUUUUUUUUUUUUUUUUCUAACUUUCAUUGCAUGAACAUCUUUCUUCUGGACUUCAAAGACACUCGGUAGAGUUUGACAUGAUCUUUUUUUAAAUAGAUGUUUGGCCUGAGUAGCCAGUCACAAGCUGAAGACGUACACCUUAGAGUCAGUGACACGUAAAACUUUAUAUUACAUUUUAGAAAGUGGUUACAUGAGUAAUAAAUGAUGAAACACGUUCUUUUAGAAGUCUUUUUUUUUCACCCCCUUUUUAAUUAUGAUGUAUGUUAAUUUCUCCAUCACUAAUAUGUUAAGACUUUGCUUUCACUUGUUUACACUGCAGCCAUGUUGCAUUUAGUUUCUCUGGUAAGGAUUCCAACCAGUUCAUCAACCAUUGGUUCCAGUGAAAGUAAUCUAUGUAUUGUCAUUAGAGCAUCUGCGGUUUGUUUAACAAAAAGAAGACAAAAAAAAAAAAAAAAACAAGAAGGGAGGGUGGCAUAUUGUAAAUAAUGAUGUCAUUAUUUGUUUAGGAAAAGAUUUGUACAAUUGUUUAAAAUGCUCUCUUAUGCUAUUUUGUUUUGUUUUUGUUUAAUAUCGGGCUAAAUGCUAGAGCUCUUCAGAAUAAAGUCGAUGCUGUGCAGUAAAGUAGGAUGUGGUUGAAAUACGGUUGCUAUGAACAGCUUUGCGGAGGGAGUUGGUUUUCAUCUGACUAUUAUGAAAAUCGAUCCAAAACUGAAUAAAAUACUGAACCCA